AUGUUUCGUUUAGCUGAUAAACUCCGACAACAGGUGUUUAAACAUUUCCAUUCUUCAUCGUCAUCAACGAAGAUGUCACCGUCACAAUACAUUGAUUAUUUGUCAAUGCCAUCAUCAAACCUUUUCAAUCCUGACGAUUUUAUUUUGUAUCCAAAUCAUUUCUCAGAAAAGGAGCAAGAGUUAUUACUUGGUCAUUCUUUAAAAAAAUUUAAACGUGUGCUUGGAAAAGCUAUAAUAUAUCAAAAAGGUCACUUUGACGGUGUGAUCGAAGGAUACAGAGAAUGCCAAGCAUCAGAUUGGAUUGAUUAUAAUAUUUCUAACAGUAAAAACAGCGAACUUCGCGAGCUUAGAGAAUUGUUAAAGGAUAAAGUGUAUAAUCUUGUUCCGGAUGUAAAAAAAUGGAAUCCAAUUCACAUUUUAGAAUUAGCUGAAUGGGGUGGUAUCAGACCACACGUUGACAAUAUAGAGUAUUCAGGUAAAGUAAUCAUGGGCGCAUCUUUAAUAUCAUCGGCCGUAAUGAUAUUUCGACAUGUAGAUGAUCCAUCCUGUAUGUUUUCAGUUUUAUUAGAGCCUGGAUCAUUAUAUAUUCAAAAAGGAUCUGUACGAUUCAAAUUUACCCAUGAAAUUCCGAUGCAACCAGAAAAUCAUGUUUUUCGAGGAAACCUCAUACAAAAAGGGCGACGAGUUUCUUUAAUUUUUCGGGAUAUACAAGAUCAGAAAAUUUUAUAG